AUGACUUCCACAAACGUCCUCCGAGAUUUCUCCCACCACCUCACAUUCCGUAGUUGUGUUACAUGCACCACGGAACCAGUCUGCAACUGUGCCGCCGGUGAAACCUGUGUCGAAUCGAGUCGAACCUGCACGGAAUGCCCUACCACAUCCUGCUUGCCGGCAGCGUCAACAUCGACAUCCACACCCAGCUCCGGUGGCGGCACGAAUACGGGAGCCAUCGCGGGAGGAGUUGUCGGUGGUCUUGCUGCUAUCGCCAUCGGCGUGUUUCUCUUCUGGUGGUUUGUGAUCCGAAAGAGACGCCAGGAACAAGCUGCCCAGCAGCCCGCCGAACCCUCGAUACGUCAUGAACGCAGCAGAUCGAUGCAAUCUAUUGCAUCGACGGUUCUCACUCGUGCUUCCAACGUGAUUCAAAUCGCUUAUAUUCCCGGUGUCACCAAUCGCUCGCCUCCGGAAACUCCAGGGACACUGGUCCCUCCAGUUCCUGCUAUUCCAAGUACACACGCCUCGACCUACAGCAGCGACCAGUAUCUCUUCACACCGCGCGAUCUCCGCGACUCGCGAUACACGGCCACCAGUGACCGCCGCAGUAUCGCUACCAGUCUCGCCCGAAGCAGUGUUGCCACGACGAUUUACCGACACGAUGCCAUUGUCAGUCCCAUUCCCGCCCAGCAGGUUCGCGCUGCCAAAGCCGCCGUGGUCAGUGUCAAAACAGGAAAUAGCACGCCUAGCGAUUCACUUUCGUUGCGCACCAUCGACGCACCAGCAGUACCAGCCAUCACAGAAGCUCAACUACAGAAAGCCGGCAAGAUGAAACCACAACUCAGUUCUAUUGUUGCCCGCUCUGUUGUCGCUCGCCCAGUCAACGUCAAAGCAUCAGGAUCGAAGCCCAAGGUUCCUACAGUUUCAGAAGAAGAAGUUCAUUCCGAUGAUUCGGAGUCGGUUGCCUCACAUUCUCGGGCCAAGAAAUUCAGUAACCAGGAAUCGACAUUUGACGAUUCGUCAGACGAUGACAGCGGUGACGAAGUCAAUGAGAAGGGGCAUUCCAACACAGCAGACAAUAUCCAAAUCGCCUUCUCGUCGCCUAACGAAGGUCCAUUCGCAGACUCGAAUAUAGCAGGAACCCCUCGAGUAACUGUCAGCACUGCCACCAGCAUCGCUCCAUCAACAGCGACUGAAGCAGUGUCUUCCUCUCGCGCCAGCAUGGACAGCAACCACGGCUCACAUCGACAACGAUCCAGUAUCGGAUCCACUCGAAUGUUAGAAAAUACCAUUGCUCAUGGUGCCACCAUACAACGGUCGUCGAGUCCAUUUGAUGACAAACAUGAAGUCAAAUAA